AUGGAGAGUCUCGACGGCUAUCUCCAGGUUCCUCCUGACCGAAGCCAGAUCCUUGGCAGGCAAGCAUGGAAGACAAGAUACAUUGUUGUUGGGUCUCGCCUUGCGCCCGGCAGAGAUCGACAGGGCAGCUACGGCUUCACACAGAAUGGAACCAUCGGCCGCGUCAAUACCGUCAUUGCGAAGUCGCUGCACAGGAAUGCAGCAGAUGAGCCCUGUAUAUCUGUUUUCAAGGCCAAGGAAGACUGGGAGCCCAUCCAGCAAUGGCCUGUCAGUUGCGUGUCAGAUUGUCAGGUCCAAUUAGUAUCCCAUCGGAAGCAAGGACCUGUGUUGCCGACGCUCGUGAUAACGAUUUCCGAUAAUCAACGAAAACGACGAUCAAGCCGAGCUACCGGCUUCAUAUCCUCGAAUAAAGACGCAGGAGUAACUACUUUGUGGUUCCGGACGCCUCCUGAUGACCACCAUCCCAGCCUUCAUGAGUGGUCUCGAUUUAUCUUAUCCAAGAAGAGCUCGUCGAGCGCGACCGAAAGCCCUGUCUCCCCGGUUUUCACGUCACCUUUUCAGACCCGAUCCAACGAUAAUCCAGACUAUUUCCCUCGGCCAGGUAGCGGCAGCCGUGGCCUGCAGCACAAGAGCUCCACGGCGACGUAUUCGACUGGCCCUCUGGACCGCCCGGCCACCUUCAGCUCCGAGUCGCCUAGCUUACGAUCGAAGCGAAGUGACAUCUCAUCCCCUUCCAGCAACAACCAUCCUUCUCAAAAGGUGCCGUAUCCCAUCCCAGAGCAACAUUAUACUACCCUUAUGCCCGGUGACAUUGUGUCUGGUCCAAAUGGGGAGUAUCAAGGGCAGUUCAUUGAAGGAUGGACUUAUGCUCAGGGUAGAGCAUCUACUAUGAGCUCUCCCUCUGGAGCCAGGGAUAGCAUGAGCUCACAAAGCCAACAGCUUUCCAUUCUCGAUGCCACGUCGCCUCCAUGUCCUGGAGAGACCAUCCUGGAUCGUGCCUUCCAACUCGGACAUGUUCCUGGAGCCGGAUCCUAUGUUCCCGGCCAAGAGAAGCUCAGUUCCAUUGCGAGGUUCGACGCCCUGAUGCGAGAGGCGGAUGAAAAGCGACGAAAACGGGACACCAUCCAACAAGCUCAACAGACAACCAUAACAAGUGCGUUUGAUGAUGAUGAUAGCUCAGAUGACGAAGAUGUUGACCCGGCGUCUGAUGACUCCGACUCUGCGAGUGACGCGUACUCGGAUGACCAAGACCAAAAUGAACACCAUACUGCACCACUCAUGUCACCGUCGGCUCAACGGGCUUUGGCAUACAUCACGGGCCGAAAUGACGGCGGCAAUCUCAGCCCGAACUCGCACCGUCCGGGCAUGUCUAGAAAUCAUUUAAGCUUCCACGCAGGGUCCGCCCGAACAUCCACCAUUGCACCACCCUCUCGCCCUCACACUGCCCACGCCAAGAGCAGGCCCAAUGUGGCUCGGGCACAAAACACGGCUCAUUUAAUGCCCACGGCUACAACUACACUAGACCUGCCCUCGUCAGGGAGAGGGAACGAGGAUGGCCCCCAUCGUUCCAGCACAAUCGCAGAAAAGCGACACUCCAACUCGAGUGCUAAAAGGUUGAGUUUCACCGAGUUCACCAAGAGGUUAUCUAGCACCAGCAGCUUACUGCUAGUCCAGACAAACGCCAGUGGAGGGAGCAGCCACGUCAGCAGCGAGGUUGAUACCCAACCGUGCUCAUCAGCGCCACGGACCAACUUGACUCUUCGCGGCGCCGGACCUCCUCCCCGACCCAGGGACCGCGAUGACCAGGACAGACGGUGCGGAUGGCGUGGUAGUGUCGGCGUGGUAGGCACGGAGGGAGGUUUCCUCUAG